AGAACAGAAAUGUUUCUGUUUGGUUUCUGGGCCCUGCUGGCCUUGAUCCUGUACUCAGGGGUCACUGAAGAGCUGUUUGAGGUCUCUGUUUGGCCAGACCAGGCCCUGGUGGAGUUUGGACGGUCCCUUGUGGUCAACUGUAGCACCAGCUGUCCAGAUCCAGGACCCAGCGGGAUUGAGACCAUCUUAAAGAAAACCCAGUUGGGCAGAGGGCCUCAGUGGAAGGAGUUUCUCCUGGAGAAUAUCACAGAGAACUCCACCCUGCAGUGCUUCUUCUCCUGCGCAGGAAUCCAAAGGGCCAGGAGCCUGGGCAUCUCCGUGUAUCAGCCACCGGCCCUUGUGUCCCUGGAGCUGCAGCCCGAGUGGGUGGCUGUGGAUGAAGACGUUACAGUGAAGUGCCAUGUGCCCAGUGUCACACCUCUGGAGGAGCUCACCCUGACGCUGCUCCAGGGCAACCAGGAGCUGUAUCAGAAGCACUUCAGCAGCUUGACCACGGCCGCCCCCAAAGCGGAAGUCACCGUCACUUUCAGAGCUCACAGGGAGGAUGACAGGUGUCAUUUCUCCUGCCAUGCCCAGCUGAACUUGAGUUCACAAGGGGGAGGGCUCUUUCACACCAGCUCCGCCGUCAGCGUGCUCCGCAUCUUUGAAUUCUCUCAGAACCCCCAGAUCUGGGUCUUUCCACUACUGGAGGUUGGGGUGGCAGAGAGUGUGAGCUGCGAGGUGGAUAAAGUGUUUCCAGCCAAAGCGGUAACGUUCUCCGUAUUCCUGGGAGACCAGGAGCUGAGUCCCUUCCUCUCCUGGGAGGGAGACACAGCGUGGGCCAAUGCCACCGUCCGGGCCAUGGAGACUGGUGAUCAGGAGCUGUCCUGCCUUGUAUAUCUGGGUCCAAAGGAGCAGAAAACAAGCAAGCUGGUGUAUGUCUACAGCUUCCCUCCACCAAUCCUGGAGAUCAACGAAUCCUACCCCCUGGUGGGGACGGGAGUUAAGGUGACAUGUUCAGGGCAUGUGUUAACAUCGCCCAGCCCUACUCUGAGACUUCAGGGAGCCCCAUACCUCCCUGCCCCUGGGGAGCCUGCCUGGAUUUCACUUACUGCCAGGGAGGAAGACGACGGCCGGAAUUUCUCCUGCGAGGCCUCCGUGGUGGUGCAGGAUUAUCGGUUGAUCAAGACCGCUGACACCCAGCUCCAUGUCUUCUAUGAACCACGGUUUGAGGAAUCCGGCUGUCCUGGCAAUCAGACGUGGGUGGAAGGGACAGAGCAGAUGAUUGCCUGUGUCCCAAAGGGAAACCCAACUCCACGUUUGGUGUGUACCUGGAAUGGGAUGAUCUUCGACCUUGAUUUCCCGCAGAAGGCAAUGCAGAACCAUGCUGGGACCUACUGCUGCAAGGCCACCAACCAGCUGGGCUCUGCCAGCAAAGACAUAGCUGUUGUUGUCCUUCAAGGUGAUGCAGACGCCUUCUCGUCAGUCCUGGGACUCGCUGAAGACUUCAACCCCACUGUCUGCAUCAUCAUUAUCAUCAUCAUCAGCUGCAGCAUUGCCCUGGGAGUGGGCUUUGCCAUCAUAGCACUGCACUCGAGCUAUUGGCCCUGCAAAGUAGAGACACGGAAGCUAGCCUACAGGCCGAAACAGGACAACCAAGAGGAGGAAAACCAGGUUGCCGUUGAACAAGCAGAAAAGUGUUAAACAGAAAUGGUCACUGGCAGAGAUUUCUUCGGGGCUUAGUCGCGAGCUCAGGCGAAGCCCAAGUGAGGCUGCGUUACUCUGUGUUCCGUAGUGGUGCCGACAGUCUCUGGGCCUGUGUCCACUGUAUCCCAGCCACCUCCAAGUUCAGCUUUCUUGUUCAAGUUCUAUAGGAAUUUCAGUCUCAGUAUUCAGCACAUGGAAGGGCCUUUUGCUCCUUGCUCUCUGCUUAAUGCAUUCACUUGGGUUCAAAAGAGAGGCUCCUGCCUGUGCCCCCUCCAUUUCCAUUCCCACUGCCAUUUGUUCCCCCAAACCACAGGUGGCCCCCAAGCAUCAGA